AUGUUCCCGAUUAACCGCUUCCGUCUACUUGCGGCUUUCUAUAUCUUCUCCUCCCUCAGCGCAGUCAACUGUUUGCCAUCUCAAGUAGUCAUGGUAGAUCCUCUCGACCUGGCAGUGAUGGGCCCGAACGCCAACUUCCGCAACGACACGUUCGACCAGCUAUUCAACCCUACAAAUACCACGCCGCCGUUCUUCCAAGUCUUUGACAAGGCCUUCCUCGACAUCCUCGGGCCCAACGCGGCAGUUCGUCGUGUCGCAUUUGACCCUACAUUCGCCUUCGCGGACGAAGCACCAAUUUGGAACCCUCCAACCGACGAGGUCUUCUUCGCAGCACAGGCUGGCACACCGAUCGGACACAGCGAUAUCGACCACAACUCGCAAGUCUCCAAGAUCAGCCUGCGCGAAGUCGCACAGGCGGCUGCACGCGUCCCUUCCAAGACCGCGGCGGUCAACGUAACCGUCACAGCUCUUCCCCUCUCGAACGAUAUCCAAAUGACGAACGGCGGGACGAACUUUCGCGGUGACCUCCUAUUCGUAACUACGGGCCGAGGACCUCUACCGCCAACCAUCGCUCGCGUCAACCCCAAGCCGCCCUACAACGAUACUGUACUUCUUGACAACUUUUUCGGUCGCCAGUUCAACAGUGUGAACGAUGUCAAGGUGCAUCCUACCAGCGGCGUUAUCUUCUUCACAGACUCUACGUAUGGAUUCUUGAGCAACUAUCGUCCUUUGCCCUUGUUGCCCAACCAGGUCUACCGACUGGAUCCCGAUACGCGUCAAAUUCGCGUGGUUGCAGAUGGCUUUAUCCGCUGCAAUGGCAUCGCCUUCACCGGAGAUGGAAAGACUGCCUACGUAAGCGACACCGCCGCCGCAGGACGUUUCCUGGGGUUGAACGGAACGGAACCCGCAACGAUUUAUCGAUACGAUGUAGAACCCGUUUCCCAGGUGUUCACCGGUCGGCGCGUCUUCGCUUACGUCGACUCCGGCGUCCCCGACGGCAUUCAGGUCGAUGCGCGAGGAAACGUCUACUCAGGUUGCGCAGAUGGUGUGCAAGUGUGGAAUUCCAACGGCGUACUUCUCGGGAAGAUCUUCCUGGGUACCAGCACUCCCACCAUGACCUUCGCCGGCGACGGCCGACUGGUCAUCAUGGCGGACACCGCCAUUUAUCUCGCACAGAUAGCUGCACGUGCUCUAGACCUUCCAAGCUUCGGGAUGUAG